GGAGCUCAGGACCCGUUGCCAUGUCGAACCCCCCAUUGGGAUACAGCAGCCGGUCGCUGCAGCGGACGUCCACCCUCCGCACGCUGCCGCGUUCCUUCUCCAUCAGCACCAUGUUGCUGCCGGACGAGCCGCGGCUGGAACUGGAUGCGCAGGGCAGGGCAGCGCGCAACCAGGAGAAGGAAGAAAUCAAAGGGCUGAACAACCGCUUCUCCGAGUUGAUCGGACAGGUCCGGAAGCUGGAACAGGAAAAUCAGGUGCUGCAGACACGCUGGGAGCUCCUGCAACAGGGAGACACCUACAAGUCCAACGCUGAUAGGAUUGUCAACCUCUUCUGCGGCAAGCUUAGGCAGCAGCUGUCUGAUUUAGAAAGGGAGCGAGACCGACUGAAGGAACAGAUCACCCAUACGCAACGGAUGGUUGAUGACUUUAAGCAAAAAUACGAGGAUGAGAUUAAUACCCGCACAACGAUGGAGAACGAGUUUGUCAUCCUCAAGAAGCAAGUGGAUGAAUCGUACUUCCAGAAGGUGGAGCUGGAAUCCAAGCUGGAAUACCUCAGCAACCUGAUCGAGUUUCUGAAGCAGCUGUAUGCCGAGGAAAUCCUGGAGCUUCAGUCCCAGAUUCAGUCGGCAGCCGUCACCUUGACGGUGAGGAACAAUCGACAGCUGGACAUGAGGAACGUAAUUGAGGACGUAAAGCGGCAGCAUGCAGAAAUCACUGCCAGGAACAAGGCCGAAGCCGAGGCCUGGUACCAGAAAAUGCUACAGGAUUUGGAGAAUGACAAGGUCAAACAGAAUGAAGACCUGCGUUACACCAAGAACGAGGCCGGCGAACUGAACCGCAGGCUACAGAGGCUGAAAUCGGACAUUGACGGGCUUCAGAAUCAGCGAGUGGCUCUGGAGGCGAACAUCAUGGAGGCAGAGGACCGGGGGCAAAUGGCCAUCAAAGAUGCCAAGAAUCAUGUCAGUGAACUGCAGGAUGCCCUGCGCAAGGUGAAGACGGACCUGGCGGACCAGGCUCGCGAGCACCAGGAGCUACUCACCUCCACCAUGGCCCUUGACAUGGAGAUUGCCACCUACCGAAAACUCCUGGAUGGAGAGGAGGAGAGGGAUGGUAUUCCAAACAAUGGGACUGUCCGGGUGGUCAACGCCGUACCUAGCCUGAGGGCAAUGGGAACCAGAACAUAGCUGAGAAUCAAUUAAUAAGACGAAUACCACGGGAGGUGUUGUAAGGAACAGGCCAGUGCACACAUGAGACCACCGCCUCCUUGCCAACGCCUCAGUGAGGUCGUCAUGAGAACCCACUCAAUCUCUAACGCUGGGUCACACACGAGAAGAUCCAGUAACUGCGCUCAAAGCCAUGCUCAACGCUCACUCCCUGCCUUUCAUGCAAUCUUUUACUCUAAACUAAUCUGAUCAGAUCUCCACCCCCAGCACUGCUACCCCAUUCACCCACAUCCUUAUCGCCAACCCCCCAAUCUGACCUCCUUUUGCCCACACAACACAUGCCACACAACCUCUUCCUUACUGAGCCCCCUCCCUCCAUCCCUCAAACUGUGGGUCUGCCAUCCCUCCAUCCCUCAAACUGUGGGAGCCCCUCCCUCCAUCCCUCAAACUGUGGCAGCCUCCUCCUUCCAUCCCUCAAACUGUGGCAGCCCCCUCCUUCCAUCCCUCAAACUGUGGGUCUGCCAUCCCUCCAUCCCUCAAACUGUGGGAGCCCCUCCCUCCAUCCCUCAAACUGUGGGUCUCCCCUCCCUCCAUCCCUCAAACUGUGGCAGCCCCCUUCCUCCAUCCCUCAAACAGUGGGUCUUCCCUUCCUCCAUCCCUCAGACAAUGGGAGCUCCAUUCCACCAUCCCUCAUCAGUGGGACUCCCCUCCCUCAAACUACAGGAUCCCUCUGGUCUCCUCUCUCUGCCUACCUUGACCCAUAGUACAAACUCGGCCUCCCUGUUCCUCGGUUCCCUCCCCCAGUCUCCCCACCCUCCACCCUCCUCAGUGCUGUGUGCUUGAUAUUCCUUGAGGCUCUCUGAUUGGUGCCUCCUGUCCCUUCCAUUCUGCAGCUUCGGACUGAACGCUUUUGGUGAAAUGUUGCCUUCCUGACAGAGAAAUGUAUUUAUCAUUGGUGGGUCGUGGAUAAUAAAGAAUUUGG